AUGAAAAAUCAUUUAAAAGCUUCAUUUUUUAUAGCUUUUAGUAUGACGAUUUUAGUGUUAUUAUAUGAAGAAAUAGCCUUAACAUUGUUUAGUUCAGACCUCAAUAAUGAUGGAUUUGGGGUGCCUAAAAGUUCAUUUACUUAUAAGUUAGCGAGUGAAGAUCCUCUGUAUAGAGUAAAUAUGUUGAUUGCAGUAUCAUCAAGACUAAGCACAUUACAUGAUAAAUUAUAUAAAAUUGGAAUUUAUACAUCGAUUGGAUGUUUAAUUUUACUUGACACACCAAGAUUGCUAGUACAUAAACUAUGUAACAAAUCAGUAAAUUUUUAUACUGAAACAUAUUUUAAUAUAAAUCAUAUACAAUUAGCCAUUGCAAACCUAUUUGUAUUUUUAUUUACUAUAUUCUAUCUUUCAGAGUAUGUAGAAAAUAUUUUAGAAAUAACUAAAUAUAAUUGGGUUAGUAAAGUAGGAACAUAUUUUGUACUAUACUCAAUAGUUUGUCCUGCAUUUGUUUUUAUUGUUUUUCUUCUAUUAAGAACUUUUGGGGCCCAACUAAUUUUAGCAAUUUACAUUUCACUUAUUUUAAAAAAUUUUUAUGAGAUAUUUAUAGAAGAUGAUGUUUCAUCGACAUUAAAGCAGGUUUCUAAAAAUCGAUUUUCUAAAACUGUACAGGAAAAGCUUAUAGAGACAAAAUUAGAUAAAAAGGUAUUUUUCGACACUGAUAAGUCUAAAGAUACAAAUGCUGCUUUAGUAGGGAUAGAAAAUAGUGCGAGAAUAGAAAUAUAUGGAGAUUUUGAUAAUCUUGAUGAAGAACAAAAAGACUCGAUUUUGCUUCAUGAGAUUGGCCAUGCUAUCGAUCACAGUCUUCUUAAAAAACUUUCUGUUUAUUUUGGAACUUAUUUUAUUGAACUAAGUAUUAUGAUUUUUCUCUAUGGUAAAGCAGCGAAGGCUUUUGAAUGUGAAAAAAUAAAUAGAUAUACAGCAUUUGUACUGCUGUCUAUUGUAUAUUUUUUAUCCAUGAAAGAUUGGAUAAUGAUGUUCUAUAAAAUGUCUUCACAGCGUGCAGAAAUUGCAGCGGAUCUAUUAACGAAAAGUUCUGGGUUUGGAAAAGAAUUGGCUUUGUCUUUAUAUGAUAUUUCUACAUCCGAAAAAUCAUAUAUUAGGCCUACCUGGUUAUAUAAUGCACUUCAUGCUGUCCAUCCCUCAAUUUAUGAUAGAAUAGAAUAUUUAAAUAAAUAA